AUGGCAGCAGUAUCGAUAUCCUCCUCACCAAUUACACAGGUGUCCCAGCAUGCGCCCGUGAACACCAGCCUUCAGCCUCAGUUACUUACCAGGCUGCUCCUCGACCUCCGAGGCAGACGUUUCUCGGUUGACAGAGAAACUAUCAUGAAUCUUCCUGAAUCCGUUCUCCUGUGUCUCUUUCCAAACGGGCUUGUUCUGAGCCGUCAGAGCCAAGCAUUCUCAGAUGGCGGGGAAAACGAAGAGGAUGACGAGGUGUACGGCGUCGAUUUCGACCCAGAAUGCUUUGCAUACGUGCUUGAUUUCUUCAGAAAUGCAUCAGACACGUUCUAUGGUACAAAUACUUCCCCUGGUUUGUUCGCGGCACAGCAGCAUCUGCUUGACGGGUCACCUUCAGACUUUGGUCCUUCUGUAUCACAGAAUCCACUCCUUACCAAGCAGGCUAUCAUUGUGCUUCGCGAGGAACUGGAAUAUUUUGCUAUACCGCCAAAAGGAGGAAGGGCUCUGACUGAUGAGCAUGGCACUGCCAACCAAGCGCUUCUUGAUAUCAAGCACAAGUGUGGACAAAAUGUUAUGGACAAGCGUAAUAUCUUUACCGCGCUCCAACGAAACGUUCACAAGGAGAACAAUAUUGCUGAACAGCAUCUUAUUGAUAUGUUAUGCAUGAGUGGGUUCAACCGGGACGACGAAUGGGGUUUCCGUGCCAUGGAGCCCUCGCGGUGCUGCAUUUCUUCAAUAGCUCUUGUAUUACUCAAGACGGGCAUCGUACACCAUCCUCCAGGACAAAACGGCGAGCGCCCGGUCACUAUAGAUUACAAUCAAAUGGCUACAGCACAGAAGUUGCUACUGUUCUGGAGAAAACCAGCGCGCAAGUGCUGGUGGGACGGCCUUGAGGUUGAUCUAGCGGCGCCAGGAGAGCCGUCUAUUCCUGUGAAAUUAUGGGCAAGGCGAGUAUGGACCCUUGAGCUUAGCUUAGUAUGUGCCAUCCUUUUCACACGCUUAUUCUUUCUGAUUAAUUUCUUCAGGUGUAGUUGUGAGGAAGAUUAG